AUGAAAAUAAUCAAAUGUAAAUAAAGAAAAUUACAUAGUUAGAAUUUGAAAUUCAAACGCGAUGGAUCGUCAGUUGUCAGGAUCGAAUCGUAUCGAACACUCGACGCCGGCGUAUUUAAAAAGAUGGGAUCGACAAUUUAAAACUCGUCUCGACAGUCCAUGAACCGCGUUUGCCGGGAGUAGUUGCAUCUGUGAUGGCGUUGUGUAAUCUAUUAUUAUACCAUACUAAUACCAGGUAAGGAUAGAUCGUCCAAGCGCCUAGUAAUUAAUUGACUAAAAAAACUGAUAAUAACAGUGUGCUUCAUCUAAAAUGAUCAUUAUAAUUAGGUGAACUCCGAAGAAAUUAAUGACGAGGUGAGUUACGUUAAUCGUUGCAAGGGAUAAUGCGAAGACUUCUUCGUUAGGUUAGAUUAGUUAUCGUACAAAAUGUAUUACCAAACCAUGUAUCCUCGCACGUUGUCAUUGUUACGGAAUGGAAGCUUCACGAAAAAUGUGAGUAGAAAUUUACACAAAGAAAAUAACUAUGGUGACAAAUCCACCCAGCAAAAUUUCCGAAACGAAAGACUCCGGGCAACGUUGCACUACAUGGCUGCAGCCGGCAUACUCGCAGGUGGUUUAAGCUAUGCUGCCGUACCUCUGUACAGGAUGUUUUGUCAGGCAACCAGUUCCGGUGGGACGACAGUCACCACCACCGACAGCUCUAAGAUAGAAACAAUGAAGCCAGUGAAGAACAGAAUGUUCCGAGUGAGAUUCAAUGCUGACGUUGGAGCCACUAUGAGAUGGAAUUUCAAACCACAGCAGACUGAGAUUGAAGUUAUACCUGGAGAAACUGCCCUAGCAUUUUAUACUGCCAAAAAUCCAUCUGAUAAACCAGUUAUUGGCAUUUCGACCUACAAUGUUGUGCCAUUUGAGGCUGGACAAUACUUCAAUAAAAUUCAAUGCUUUUGCUUUGAAGAGCAACAACUCAACCCUCACGAGCAGGUGGAUAUGCCGGUCUUCUUCUACCUUGAUCCUGAUAUAGCAGAAGAUCCAAAGAUGGAGUUCAUAAAUGAAAUAACGUUGUCUUACACAUUUUUUGAGGCUCACGAAGGUCUGAAACUUCCUUGGCCUGGCUAUGCUCAAAGACACAAGUAGUACGGUUUGAGAACAUCCCUCUAUCUUUGAUAGAUUGUCCAGGAACACAAAGUGAGAAUGCUGGAAAAGCAUCAGCCUGUGCAGGCUGCCCAAAUCAAAAUAUUUGCUCCUCUGGAGAAGCUAACAAAGUAGAUCCUGGGGUCGAACUUGUCAAGGAACGUCUGUCUCA